UCUAAUGAAGGCAAUGAGUGAGAAAUCUGUUCAACAUGUUUUCUGUUCUUGUGAAUGACAGAUUAAAGUACCACUAAGAUGUUUAAACUUUUUAGUUUACUUCAUUGUUUCUCUAAUAACUUAUACUUUUAGAUCAGAUGAUCGCAAAGUUAAACACCACUUACUCAAGACAAUAGUAGCAUUUAGUGGAGGGCCUAUAGAAUGAGAAAGGUACCUUGCUGGGCCAAGCAUGACUACUAAUAGAGAGGCCAAAAUUCCCAGGCUUGUCCACUUCCUCAAAUAAUAGCCAACGUGGGAAGUAAGUUAGCUGAAGUCUAACUCCUCUAAAAAUCAAAUGCCUCAAAUAAUAUCCGACGUGGGGUUACUUCUGCAUCGAAGUAAGUUAGCAAAAGUCAAGCUCCUUGAAUUAUAAAGUUGCCUUCUAAUGGUUCAAAAUAUGUGCUCGUUCUUCAGAAGAAGGCAAAAAGAUAUGGAGAAAAGAAACUUUCUAACAAGUCUAGUAGUUCUAAUACUUCUGUUGCCAUAUGCAAAUGCAACCUUUUCAGGGCCUAAAGCUACAAAGCACUUUGUGCUAGUUCAUAGGCCAUGCCAUGGAGCCUGGUCCUGGUACAAAAUUAUUGCAUUGAUAAGAUCUUCAGGGCAUAAUGUCACAGCUAUUGACUUAGGUGCUUCAGGUAUCAACCCCAAGCAGGUCCUCGAAGUCCAACAUUUUUCUGAUUACUUGAGUCCGCUGAUGGAGUUCAUGGCCUCACUUCCUGCUGAUAAAAAAGUGGUUCUUGUAGGCCAGGAACUUGGUGGCUUUGCAAUUUCUAAAGCCAUGGAAAGCUUUCCGGAAAAGAUUUCAGUUGCUAUAUUUUCCACUGCUCUAAUGCCUGGUCCAACUCUCAAUGCAACCACCAUCUACACUGAGGUCUUGGCUUUUACUGGAGUAUUAUCUGCACUUGAUAAUCGUGUUACAUACGAUAAUGGACCUACCAAUCCUCCAACAACCUUGAGUUAUGGUCCGAAGUACUUGGCUACUAAGAUUUACCAGUUGAGCCCGAAUCAGGAUUUGGAGCUGGCCACUACACUAGUAAGGCCACUUUUUUUAUACAGUGUGGAAGAUGUUUCUAAGGAGAUGGUUCUCUCAAGUAAAAGAUAUGGAUCAGUUCGGCGAGUUUUCAUUGUUGCUGCUGAAGAUAACCUGCUGAAGAAAUAUCAACAGCGGAUGAUUGAAAAGAAUCCACCAAAUGAAGUGGAAGUGAUCCAGGGCGCUGACCACAUGAUCAUGAUGUCUAAGCCCCUUCAACUUUUUACUAAUCUUCUGAGCAUUGCCAAAAAGUAUAGCUAAUAUCUGUUAGUUAAGAAGAAUAUGGGGGACAGGUGUAAGGCUGAGAAUUAAACUUCAAUCAAUUCACAUAUCUGAUGCAUAUGUAUGGCGGUCUCAGUUCUUCAUAGAAGUCCUAUUACCAAGCUAGGUAAAGUUGUUAUUUCCUUUCAUUGUAAUCUCAGUGUUUGGAAUUGACAUCAAUAAAUGACCUCUAUUUUCUGUAA